AUGACGGAAAAAGAGGAAGCAGUGUUCCGUUCAGCGGACAUGUCGCUUGUGCAGAUCUUUGUACCCACCGAAGUAGCUAGAGAAACCAUUUACAAAAUCGGACAAUUAGAUAUCAUCCAAUUCAGAGACUUGAACUCGAAAGUUAAUGAGUUUCAAAGAUCUUUUGUCAAUGAAUUGAGAAAAUUGGACAAUACUGAAAGACAGUACCGCUUGUUCAAGCAAGAAUUGGACUAUAGAGACAUUCCUGUGAAGAUGUAUCCUUAUGAGUUUGUUAUACCACAACAGUCCGACAUUGACGAUUUAGUCGAAAGUGGGCAGUUGUUGGAGGAUCGCGUUGUUCAAUUGAGGGACUCUGUUGAAUCAUUAAACAAGAAUCAAAACAAUUUGAAACAGUUCAAGUUUACAAUCUUGGCAGUGAAUAAAUUUUUCCAUUACCAACUCGGUGGAGCUAGCGGUGGCUCCAAUGCGAUUGAAAGGACAUUGCUCCCUGAGCUUGAGGAGCUGCGUUUAUCUUCAACUUCGGCCUCGACUUCGCAAUUCAUCUCAGGAGUCAUCAAUCGUGACAAAGUGGGGAUCUUGCAACAGAUCUUGUGGAGAAUCUUGAGAGGUAACUUGUACUACCAUAGUGAAGAAUUACAAGAAGAGAUUUAUGAUGCCAAACACAAUGCAUAUGUUGCAAAAAACACAUUCAUCAUUUUCUCGUAUGGGUCCCUUGUGCAUGAGAGAAUUGUAAAAGUUUGUGAGUCUUUGGACGCUCAAGUUUAUGACGUGGAUAAGAGUGAAGAAGCUAGAUCCAAACAGUUGUCUGAAGUCAAGUUAAAAUUAGAAGACUUGGCUGCUGUCUUAUCUGAAUCGGAGAAUGCAUUGACCUCGGAAUUGAUUGCCAUCAGCCAAGAUCUUGGAAAAUGGUGGGAAAUCAUUGCAAGAGAAAAACAGGUUUACAAAACAAUGAACCGUUGUGAUUACGAUGGGGCAAGAAAAUUGUUACUUGGAGAAGGUUGGACUCCGACCGACUCUGUAGGUGAACUUACGCAGGUUGUCAAAGAGUUUGAUCAAACACAAUCGAUCCCAUCCAUUGUCAAUGUCUUGAGCACCAAUAGAACGCCGCCCACGUAUGUUCGUACAAACAAGUUUACUUAUGCGUUCCAAGCCAUUUGUGAUGCGUAUGGUACACCAAGGUACAAAGAGAUCAAUCCGGGCUUGCCCACAAUCAUUACAUUCCCGUUCAUGUUUGCAAUCAUGUUUGGUGAUUUGGGUCAUGGGUUUAUCAUGUUUUUAGCAGCAGCAUUUUUAGUCUUGAAUGAGAAAAAGUUGAGCGGAGUCAAGAAGGACGAAAUUUUUGACAUGGCGUACACUGGUCGUUACAUUUUACUAUUGAUGGGAUUUUUUUCCAUGUACACGGGGUUCAUUUACAACGAUGUCUUUUCAAGAUCAAUGUCAUUUUUCAAGAGUGGUUGGGAAUGGCCAGAAAAGUUCAAGAUUGGUGAAACUUUAAUUGCCAAGGAAGUUGGAACCUAUGUGUUUGGAAUGGAUCCAGCAUGGCACGGAACGGAGAAUGCAUUAUUAUUUUCCAACUCGUACAAGAUGAAGUUGUCAAUCUUGAUGGGUUACGCGCAUAUGACUUACUCCUACUUUUUCUCAGUCACAAACUAUGUCUAUUUUGAUUCAGUUGUUGAUAUUGUUGGUAACUUUAUCCCUGGAUUAUUGUUUAUGCAAGGUAUAUUCGGGUACUUGUCCUUGGUUAUUGUUUACAAAUGGACAGUCAAUUGGGCCGAGUCAAAGUACCAACCACCAGGUAUCUUGAACAUGUUGAUAUCUAUGUUUUUGUCACCAGGAAAUGUUGAGGAGCCAUUUUACCCAGGACAAGCUACUAUUCAAAUUUGGUUGGUUGUCAUUGCAUUGAUUUGUGUGCCUUGGUUACUUUUUGUCAAGCCAUUAUGGUUGAAGAGACAAUUGGAUAGAGAAGCCAAACAACAUGCUCAGUAUUCGUCAUUGCCCAAUGAUGAAGAAGCAGGGGGGUCCAACGGCUCUACAUACAAUGGCGACAACGACAACGACAACGACAACGACAACGAUGACGAUGACGAAGGUGAGGAGCAUGAAGAGCAUUCAUUUGGUGAUAUAAUGAUUCAUCAAGUGAUUCAUACUAUUGAGUUUUGUCUUAACUGUGUCUCACAUACAGCCUCUUACUUGAGAUUAUGGGCGUUGUCGUUGGCUCACGCGCAGUUGUCUACUGUGUUGUGGUCCAUGACCAUUAGCAAAGCAUUUGGUCCCACCGGAGUGUUUGGUGUAAUUGCUGUGGUGUUUUUGUUUGCCAUGUGGUUCACAUUGACGGUUUGUAUCUUGGUGGUCAUGGAGGGAACCUCGGCUAUGUUGCAUUCCUUAAGGUUGCAUUGGGUUGAGAGUAUGUCCAAGUAUUUCGAAGGUGGGGGUGUGCCAUAUGAGCCAUUUGGAUUCAAAGGUUUAUUAGAUAGUGUGUUCUAA